AUUCCCGAAAGUAACUUUCAUUUCUUUGCUUGCUUUCACUCUUUUGGAUAUUAAUUCAAUUCUUCUGUGUUGCUCUAGAAAAUCCUCAUUCCUCUUUCAGUCCCUUGUGUAAAACAUGUAUCCCAAAAUUCUCUAAACAAAAAUUUCUCAAUUUUAGUUCUUCUUUGUCUGAUGGGUCAUCUCCCAAACCCCAGAAAAGUCUCCUCUCUUCCGACAAACCUCAAAUCUUGAAAUUGUAACCCAUACCCACAUCCCCUUAAACAGAUUUCAUUACAUAAUCAUUCAUAUCUUGUUCAGACAUAUAAAAGAAAGAAUCUUUACUCACUUUUCUUGUUUUUCCUUGUUGGGGCAUUGAGUUUCCACUGAACUAAGCCGAUAUGGCAGCUGCACUUAGAUCGAAAUCAUCGAAACACACGGCCUCUAUGGCUAUUACCCACUUCAGAUAUUUUAUCAUCAAUGAUUUUCACACGGCUCAUUUACCCAAUUUCCAUUUGUGUAAUCGAACCAAAUGGGACAAUUUGCUCUCAAACUCUGGUCAUAGUUCUUCUUUAUUCAAACCUGUAUCGUUUCGUGGUGAAUUCGUCGACCGAUGUUAUGAUAAUUUGAAGAAUUCACAGAAUUCAAAUAGGAAGAGUAAAGAGAAAAUUGGUAUGUCAAGUAACUAUGGGGAACCUCCUGAGAUUUGGCAACCACCUGGUGAGGGAAUUGUGGUUCGUCCUGGUGUGAAGUUCGUUCAGGUGGGUGAAGGGGAAGGUCCGGGUUCGGGUUCUGGAGGUGGGUUUGGUUCUGGGUCAAAAGAUGGGUCUUGGGGUGGAUCCACUUUGGGUACCCAAUUUCCCACCCCAAAGCAACUGUGUAAAGGACUUGAUAAGUUUGUAAUUGGACAGGAUAGAGCUAAAAAGGUUCUGUCUGUCGCCGUAUAUAAUCAUUACAAGAGAAUAUAUAAUGACUCUUCACAUAAGUGGCCUGCAGGAAAUGACAGUAGUGAAAAAACAGAUGGAGUAGAAAAUGAAUCCGUGGAGCUUGAGAAGAGUAACAUCCUUUUAAUGGGGCCAACAGGUUCAGGGAAAACUUUACUUGCCAAGACCUUAGCUCGAUUGGUGAAUGUUCCCUUUGUAAUAGCAGAUGCUACGACACUAACUCAGGCUGGAUAUGUUGGAGAAGAUGUGGAAUCUAUCCUAUAUAAGCUCCUCACUGUUGCUGACUACAAUGUAGCAGCUGCUCAGCAAGGCAUAGUGUAUAUUGAUGAAGUUGACAAGAUCACGAAAAAGGCUGAAAGCCUCAAUAUUAGUAGAGAUGUCUCAGGAGAGGGUGUCCAGCAGGCAUUGUUGAAGAUGCUUGAAGGAACAAUUGUCAAUGUGCCGGAGAAGGGAGCUCGGAAGCACCCUAGAGGGGAUAAUAUUCAGAUUGAUACCAAAGAUAUUCUCUUUAUAUGUGGUGGAGCCUUCAUUGACUUGGAGAAAACAAUCUCAGAAAGGCGCCAAGAUUCUUCUAUAGGAUUUGGUGCUCCAGUUCGCACAAACAUGAGGACUGGUGGUGUUACAAAUGCUGCUGUGACGUCAUCUUUAUUGGAGACAGUUGAAAGUAGUGAUCUAAUAUCAUAUGGUCUCAUACCUGAGUUUGUCGGGCGAUUCCCCAUCCUUGUUAGUCUGUCAGCUUUAACUGAGGAUCAACUUGUGCAGGUUCUAACUGAGCCAAAAAAUGCACUAGGGAAGCAGUACAAAAAGAUGUUUCAAAUGAACGGGGUAAAGUUGCAUUUCGUUGAAGAUGCACUAAGAUUGAUAGCUAGGAAAGCAAUAUCUAAAAAUACUGGUGCUCGUGGAUUGCGAUCCAUAUUGGAGAACAUUUUGAUGGAUGCUAUGUAUGAGAUUCCUGAUGUCAGAACAGGCGAUGAUGUAAUAGAUGCUGUUGUAGUUGAUGAGGAGUCUGUAGGAACUGAGGGGAGAGGAUGUGGGGGUAAAAUCCUUUAUGGCAAAGGUGCAUUUGGCCGACAUUUUCCACAGAAUAGAUCAAAGGAUUCUGAGACAAACACGGAGGGGUCUGAUGGAGACCAUGAGGCGGAACAGGAGCUUCCUUCCAUUGUUGCUUUGUAAAUGUUCUGUGAGGUGUAUUUCUGGUCUCACUUGUGUACAGUAAUCUAAAUUCAAAUAAACAAUGUUAUUUAAAUAGAACUCAAUGUGCUUUCAUACUGCA